ACUUGGGUCUGAACUAGUUUUGUAAGCAUGUGCCACAAAAUUAGUUAGAUCAGUUUGUCCAACUGUUUGUUAGGUUUAGUCUCAACAAAUCCAUCAGAUUACAGUACCCUGAAAUUUUCACCAUUGUGCUCUGCCUAUUAUUUUCAGUCUGUUUGUGUUUAUGCAGUUCCUUUUAUCUAUUUGGGCAGUAAAAUGAAGUGCUAGUCCAUAGUAACAGCAGAAGGAAAUCUACCAGGUCCAGUAAUUUAUCCAAUCUGAUACAUUUUGCAUUUGUACAAUUCAUCUGUUCGAUUCUAGAAUAUUUUCCUAAACUUCUCAAUAGUUUUGUUUUCAUGUCUAAUUUGUUUGUCAGGUUAAAUGGUUAAUCUUAUAAACACCAGUGCAGUAAUUCUUUAGAUUUUUUAUAUAAAAAUAAGAGAUAUUAACUUCCCGGUUUGAACAAUAUUGGAUCAUAAACUCAUGGUGUCAAAGAAACGGUAUUAGUGGAAUUUUCUGAUCUCCUAACUUAGGAGAGUGCUUCCUUAAAGUUUAAUUGAGAUAUUCAUAAUUUUGUUUUGAUCUACUGUUGUGGUUGGCUCUUACGUGAGAUUGCUUCCGUGAAACUGUACAGUGUGUAUGGUUAUUUUUUUCACAUCUUCUGCUUUGUUCUGUUUAGCUUGAUAUGCACCUUUGCAAACUUCUGAAAUCAUUCUAAUCCAUAAUGACCGAGCAGCCGUAAAUCUUGCCUGUCACCGCUUGUUUUGUUUCUGGUUCUCUUGCAUUAAAAGUUUGUAUUGUUGCCUUUUUGCACCCACCGAAAAUAUAAUUUGAAUGUUUAUUUCUUAGAAAGGAACCUCUUCUGUGAACUCACAUACUCCUAACUUGUGGUGUAUUUCCCUGUUGUUGGGUUGACCAGUUGACCUCACCUGAACCCAAAUAAUUGGCCUAAAAGACAAGAAGUUCAGAUUUAUCCAUUAGUUUGAGAUCCAAAAUAUAAAAUUAAUCAGCCCAUCUCACCAACUGGCCCAGCACAUCAUUGUGCUGCAAUGAUAGACCAUGUACAUGCAGAAAUGAAAUACAUUUUGGAAGAAGCCUGUCGUAAUCGUGCUGAGUUUUAGGGUUUAUUUAAUAUCAUUUGGCCGUAGUAAUCUCGUAGGGUUGCGGUCAUGUGUGGCCGUUUUGUUACUAAAUGCGGAGUAGUUACUUAAGUUGUUGAUUUGGCUAGAUUUUACAGGCCACGGUGCCCGUGUAUGACAUGCAUGGGCUAUUUCAAAAGUAACACAAAAGGCACACUACACUUUCAUGACCCAUAGGAAUGCGUAGUUGUACCAGUUAACAACCAGUAGUUGACAUAGUGUGCUGAUUACUGCUGAAUGUCAGCUAUAAACUUUUCUUUUUGAAAAUUAAAUGGAAGCUGAAGAGAAACGAGCCCAGUAGAUGUUUACGUUUCAAGCACCUCGGUAUUCAAAUUCAUCACACCACCAAGGCUUUCUGUUACCCGCUGGUGAUCAGCUAGAGAUACCAUGGGGAUAUGUGUUGUUUGGUUGGUUCAUCUGGUUUAUAAGGACAAAUUUAAUUGGUGAAAAGUAAUUUGACUUGAGUCCAGUUUCUUACAUCUGCUCCUUUAUGAUUGUGUGAUUUAUCUGUUGAGCCCCAAUACCUCAACUAUGUCACAUAUCUUGUCAAAAGUGAAAUUCCCUACUCAGCCACUAAACCCCAUACCCUUUAUUCUGCCUAGCUGUACAAUGAGUGUUUAAUUUCUUAACUUGAAGCUAAUUUGUCGGUCAUGGUUCACUGUUUAGAAAGGAAUGCCGGCACCGGUUCGAUGUGUGCGCAUUCUUCUGGGCCAUACAUAUUCCAAAAAUUAUGAUGCAAAGUGCUUUGAGUAAAGAGACGGCAUACGACAACUCCUGGAAAGCUAUAACCUGGUGGGCGCAAACUGUACCCCAAUGUUCCACAAAAGGAUUACCAGGAUGUGCAUGUUAAAAGCAAAUGGAACCGAGACAAGACGACUCGAUCGAUCGCCUCUGCCUAUAUCUAUGCCAUGCCGGUGCGUGCCAUCCUAAGCCGAGCUGCACCGCGGACCAGAGAGGCCAAGCUAAAGCUCCCCUCGUGCGCACGCAAGACGCAACUCAUGGAGGUCGGCUCGCUGCAGCACCUGAGCGACAGCUUCUCCUACGGGUGGCUCACGCGCGCCCAGGCGCCGCCGUCCUUCGAGCGCCUCGGGAGCCCGCGCUCCUCCUCCUUCAUGGACGACGACAUGGAAGACGACCCCGAGCUCUUCUCCAUGCGCUGGGCGACCGCGCCGGCGCCGGCAAGCGACUUCUCCUUCGGCCUGCCGCGGCCGGAAGAGCCUCCGUCCCCGAAGAUGCUCGUCGUCAGCGCGAGCCAGAUCUUCCUCCCCUGCUCGGCCGCUGCGCAAGAAGACGCCGAUUGCUUGAUGUUCCGCCGUGCUCUGGACGCGCCGAGCGCGUCGGCAUCGGCAUCGCCUCUGUUCCUCUCGGCGCAGAGCACGCCGGUGUCGAUGAGCUCGUGCUCCAGCGCAAGGAACAGCAGCAAUCGCGCCGGGAGGACUUCGUCUUCGUCGUCGGCGCCGUGGAACAAGGUGCUGCUGAGGUGCCUGCGGAUCCUGAUGCCGCUGUACAGGAAGGUGAAGGCGCUCGCGCCGAGGCACAGGGUCGCGCCGGCGGCAACGGCAGCCAUGGCGAGCCCGGCGCGCGGCGUCGAGUGGUGCCACGGCAAUGCCGACACGGCCGUCCGCGACGCCAUCCUCUACUGCAAGAAGUCCAGCGGGCAGGGUGUAUUGCCAUGAAAGGAUCGAGAUUAAUAAUUGAUCGCAGGCCAGUUGUUCUACAUGAGUUAUAAAUGCGAGCCCGUCAGCGAGAGCUUGAUAGGAUCUUUGUGCUGCCUCGUCUCGACCAAGUUCUUUGUAUUUCUUUCUGUUCUUCAAUGCCUUGGUGUGCAUAUAUGACAGUGCUAUUACAGUACGGUGUACAUGAUGUUUGCUUAAACCCUCUUGUGAAUAACCCGUUCUCGUGUCUUUGGAUGGGCUCUGUCUUCCAUUUGCGCAUCGAGACCCUUUUCCUUUCUCGA